AUGGAUAAAUUAAAAGAACAGGGGUGGUAUUUAUCCGAUCAAGGAUUUAAGGUAGUAAGCAAUGUUGGAGCAAUAAAUGAUUUAUCAUUGUUGAUAAAACGUGCUGUUGAUUUGGAUCUGCGUGAGAUAGCAAGUGGAGAAGGUGAUUUUACAAAAGGUAAUUUGGUUGUACAAAUAUUGAAACUACGAAAUGUUGCUGUACCAAAAAAUAAAGAAGCAAAUUCAAUGCCACGUAUGCUAAAGUUGUACUUAACAGAUGGUAAAAAUAAUUAUCAGGCUGUAGAGUAUGAUCAUAUUAGAGAUAUAAAUAUCAAUACACCACCGGGAACUAAAAUAAUAAUUAACUCAGGUGGAAUAUUGAUGGUGCAUGGGAUUAUAAUUUUAAAAUCAAGUGAUGUUAAGAGUUUACUGGGUGGUAGAGUCCAGAAUCUUAUGGAAAAAUGGGAAUUGAAUAAAAAAUUGACAUCAUACACACGUGUAAGGUCUGUUGAAGAGGGUGGACCUCCUCCUUGGAUACCAUUUGGUCAGCAAAUAAUAAAAGUAACUGACAAAGAUAAAAAAUUUAAGUCUUUGGCAGCAGACACCAAAGACGGUGGAAUCAGUAAAGAUCAGAACAGUGAAUUUGAAGCCCAGAGGCAAGAUGCUAUUGCUGAAGCCUCCAAACAAGGAAGUAAAAAAGUAUUUGGAGGUGGUAAUAAACAAUUACUUGAUCAUUCUGUUCAGAAAAUUGUUGAUCAAGGGUUUACAAUCGAUCAAGCUGAGUAUGCUUUAAAAAUAAAUCGUAAUAAUGUUGAUCGUGCAUUGAAAUCACUUAUUAAAAAUGAUCCAAACAAUAAGCAGACUCGAGAGCCACGUGAACCCAAAGAACAAAGAGAACACAGAGAACAUAGAGAAUCCAGAGAACCCAGAGAACCAAGAGGUAAACGUUCUGAUAAGAAGAAUGAAGAAGCUAAACCUAGCAGUGGAAAAAUAUCAUUGUUUGAUUUUCUUGAAGACAAAUUACCAGCUCAGUCCUCUACUGAACAAACAGAUAGUUGUUAUAAUAAUGUUAAUAAUAGUAAUAGUAGUAAUUAUUAUGGUAAUUCUAGAUUUGAAAAUGAACGACAUAGUCGUCAUCAUCAUCAUCAUCAUCAGCAGCAUAAUAAUAAAAGUGAAGACAUGCCACAUAAUUCCCUGUUUAGUAAUAGAGGUGGUAAAAGUCAAAAAGGUGGACGUACUGGUUAUCAAACAUCAUCACGAAAUAAUACUGAUAACAAUAAGCCAUACAAAAAAAAUAAUGAUAAUAUUUAUAACAAUACCAAUGUAUUGACUUUUGGAAUGUCAAACAUGUCAGUUAAUUCAUCAUCAUCAUCAUCAUCAUCUUUAUUAUUAUUAUCAUCAUCAUCUCAUCAAAAUAAACCUCCGAGAUUUCAAAAUCAGGCUCAGGCAAAACAUCAAGAUUUUAAUUAUCAACAACAAACUACUGAUAGUAGUAAUGUUAAAAAAUUAUUUGAUCGUAAUAAUCCGUCAAUACAAAAUAAAAAUGACUAUUCUAAUUAUAAUGGAAUAAAUAAUGAAUCACCAUUUAAAAGAAAUCAUCAAAAGAAUCAAAUUGAUAAUCGUUAUGCUCAGUAUGAUAUUGAUCCCAAUAAACAGAGUUAUAAUAAUACUCUAUUUAAUAAACAACAUAAUAUUAAAACUUUUACAGAAUCAAAUCCCAAAACAUCUACUACCUCAAAUACAUACGAAAAUAAUUACAAUAAAAAUGAAUUAAACAAGUAUCAACAAAAUGAUUUUGUUAAUAUAAACUCGUCUAAUUUUCAUUCAAAUCAAUCUGAUUAUAAAAAUAAUUAUGGCAAUGAUUACAGUAAAUUUAAUAAUAGUAAUAAUAGUAAUAUUAAUUAUUCAAAUGGUACAUGGGCUUGGAAGAAAGGCGAUCAAUGUAUGGCCAAAUAUUGGGAAGACAAUAAAUACUACAACGCCGAAGUAACAGCUGUUUCAUCUCGUACCUGCGUUGUACAGUUUAAGGAAUUUAAAAAUUACGAGGAAGUAUUACAAGUUGAUUGUAUACCUAUUACUGAAGACAUUUCACAGAGCUUUGUACCACCAGAAAUUGAUAGCCGACGAAGUGGUCGUCCUCCCCGUUAUGAUCAGCAUAAUCAGCAUAAAAAUUCUGGAAUCGAAUUUAAACGUGGUGGAGGUAGUGCUUCUUCUAUCGGUGCUGGAGGAUCCAAUCGUGGACAUAAUAAAAAACGUACACAGCAACGAACUGCUCAGCCAAUUUACCAACCUCCAGCUCAGCGUAGAUAA